AUGGGUCUCGGAAGCAAUAGCCGUCCGAACCCUCUCGUGUUCGUGGCCGUCUUCUUCAUGUUCCUGUUGAUGACGGGAACAUGGGAUUUGCUCUUCAGUCACCACGACGGCACGGCGGCGCCCUCGAGCGGCGAUGACCGCCCUCGGGCUGGAACCAAGCUCACCAGCCAGCGCAUCUCCGACCUCGACGCAGAACCCCUCUCAUACGAAGCCCCCGAAGCCGUGAAGCCGCCGCCGCCGCCUCCUCCCCCGGCACCCAAAUACACCGCCCUUCUCGUCGAGACCGACCCGGCCCACGUGCCCAACAUCGUGCCCAUCAUGAUGCACUUCGCAACCGUCAUCGGCCCGGACUGGCCCAUCUCCUUCGUCACCGACUGGGAAAACUACGCCGCCUGGGAGGCGCCCCCGGCCUUCCGCCGCGCCGUCGACGCCAACCAGAUCAUCGUCAAGUUCCUCCCGCCCAACACCACCUUCCCGACGCACGAGUCCGUCUCCGCCUUCCUCGUCGGCACCUGGCUGUGGGAGCAGCUCCAGCCCUACGCGCGCGUGCUCAUGUUCCAGGUCGACAGCAUCGUCUGCGCCAACUCCGCGCACCGCCUCGAGGACUUUCUCGAGUGGGACCUCAUCGGCGCGCCCAUCCGCCCCGGCUUCGGGUUCGGGUACAACGGCGGGCUGUCGCUGCGCAACCCGGGCAUGCUGCUCGAGAUCGCGCGCGACCUCGAGGCGAGGGUGGCCAAGGACCCGGCCGCGGCGGGCGAGGUGAACUACGAGGACCAGUGGUUCUACCACAAGGUCAAGGAGAGGGGCGGCAAGUUGCCGGAGGCGGAGGUCGCGGGCAAGUUCUCGGUCGAGACGCAAUAUUUCGAGAAGCCGCUGGGGUAUCACCAGGUGCAGAAGUUUCAGCAGGACCACCAGGAGGACAUCGACAUGUACUGCCCGGAGGUGGCGAUGAUUCUCAAGGGCUCACAUUAUAGGUGA